GAUAGCAAGGUUAAAGUAAAAACAUAUUCCAAAGAUACACUAAAAUGCUUGAGAAUAUGCCAUCCCCUGCAUUGUGGUUUUAGGGCAUGGCCGCGAGAGCAAGAGGCUUGGUGAGUAGAAGAAGACUCUCCUCUCUCUGGCGAUCCGAUAUUUCAUCCCACCGUAGUGUGUCCAGUGGUGCGGCAGCGAUACAAAGAUCAUUCACGCGCGUGGCAUUCGAUUAUCGCGCACCGGCGUCGGCGGCGCUGCGCGCUCCUCCCAGAUUCUCAUAUGGCCAUCGACGGAGCUUGUUCAUCCAGGUCCAGACUACUCCCAAUCCCGCGUCGCUGAUUUUCUCGCCCGGGAAGCCGGUCAUGGAGAUUGGCAGCUCGGAUUUCCCCAAUGCCAGGACGGCCAUGAAAUCUCCUCUCGCCAAGUCGUUAUUUGGCAUCGAUGGAGUUACUCGGGUGUUUUUCGGAUCGGACUUCGUGACGGUGACGAAGUCGGAUGAUACGGAGUGGGACGUGCUCAAGCCGGAGGUCUUUGCAGCGAUCAUGGAUUUUUACGCCUCUGGACAGCCACUCUUCUACUCUGCGCAAGUAGAAGCGCCUAAAGACACGGCGAUCGAAGAGGGAGACGAUGAAACCGUGGUGAUGAUCAAAGAGCUCCUCGAGACGCGAAUACGUCCGGCUGUCAAGGACGAUGGCGGUGACAUUGAGUACCGUGGAUUCGACAGGGAGUCCGGGAUCGUGGAGCUUAAGAUGCAAGGUGCUUGCAGUGGCUGUCCAAGCUCGGCCGUGACGCUUAAGUCUGGAAUCGAAAACAUGCUCAUGCAUUACGUUCCAGAGGUGAAGGGGGUGAAAGAAGUGAAAGACGACGACGAAGAAGAGAAAGCCGAAGGAGCUUAACAAACGAAAGAGCAAAAUUUAUAGACACAGUUUUGACACUCUGGUAGAUGUUGGGUAAAAAAUAAAAAAACCAUUGUGAAAAAAUAACACAAUCAUAGUGAAAAUAUCACAAACAUUGUUAAGGAUA